AGCCCAAGUUUACAGUAAAACCUCUGCAGAAAACACACAGUAAAGGUAGCAACUGAGGUUUUUGUACAUCCAAAGUAGAUUUAAAGUCAUAUGGAGUGAAAUUUUAUGUCUACUGUUACAGCAAGUAGUGGCAGCAGUUGCAGUAAUAGUACUUGUACUAUUUGUUUUAUCUGUGUAGUGCCAUCGAUCUAGUUUUCCUAUGAAAGCACAUUUUCUUUGGAUCAGUUUGUUUUGUUGUAGUAAACAGUGACUCAACUCUUAUUGACUUUUGCUGAAUUUAACAUAAAAAUAUCUCUUUUAUGUCUGCUAUAUUCUUUCAUUUGCAUGCUGAAUUGCUGAAUAACAACAAUUUCCCCCAUCUCAGAAGGACCUUUUUUUGUUGCUGUUGUAUUUGUAAGCAAAUGAAACCAUGGCAGGACUUGGCCACUGACCAAAGGUUUUGUCUUGCCUAAUUCUGCCUUGUUGUCUUUUGCACUUUGCAUCCGCUGGCUUAUCGAGCCACACGGUAGUUUAUUUCAAUGCUGUGGGAUCCCUGCAACACAGAGUUAAAAAAUGGACAAAGAAUGGGCUCUGACUCUGAUCCUGCAGCUGCUCCUUUGUCACAAAGGCAGCACAGACCUGCAGACCUCUUGUCCGUACAAAUGUCAGUGUUUCACUCCGGCCCAAGUGCUGUGUGCUGACGAACGGAUGACAGCUUUACCCAGCAAUAUAUCCAGGCAGGUCAAGGAGCUGAUUAUAAUGACAUCAGGUGUAGCGUAUCUGUUCCCUCACACUUUAGAGGAGAGCCCCCAACUCACUAAGCUCGUCUUUUUAAAUAAUGCACUGAGGAGUAUUCAUUCUCAGGCUUUUGAGAAUCUGACUGAGCUGCAGGAGCUGGACAUCAGUGGGAACCCCUGGCUUGAGCAUUUAUUUCUGGGGACUUUUUCAAAGCAAGGAAACUUGACUAAACUGCAGCUGAACUUCAACAGAUUCAAGACAGUCCUCCCUGGCAUGUUUGACUCCUUGAAACAGUUAGAAACUCUGCAGAUGAAGAGCAACAUCAUAUCGGAUCUGCCUCAGUUUCUUUUCUUGAACCUUCACAAGCUGCGUACCCUGGAUUUGUCCCAAAAUCAGCUUAAAGAAGUGGACAUGGAGACCUUUUCUGGUCUGGGGAAGCUGGAGAUCCUCAAACUAAACCACAACCUCAUUAGCAAUCUUACAUCUGACACAUUCGACCAUAUUUCAGAGCUGACAGAGCUUCACCUGGAGUGGAACAAGAUAUCACACCUUCGUGACGGCGUCUUCUCUGCGCUAACAGAACUGAAGGUGCUGAAUCUCCGUGGGAACCUUCUUACAACCUUCAGCGAUCAAGUAUUUGGAUUCAAUAACUCAACUUUAUUGGAGCUGAACCUAAAAGGCAACAGACUGACUGAGCUGUCCUCUCUAAGCAGGUUGACCUCACUUACUAACCUCAUCUUGUCUUCUAACCUGCUCUCCAACCUCCAUGAAGACAUUUUUAGAAAUGUUACCGUCCUAGAGAACCUGGAUCUGUCUGAAAACCAGCUCACAUUACUGCCCGAAACUAUCUUUAAUAAUUUAUUUAGCAUCAAAGCGAUCCACCUCCAAAACAACAACCUGAGCAAAGUGGACGCCAAACUGUUUGAGGACCAGGUGCUCAUUCAGCAGCUCUAUCUGUCCAACAACCAGCUGGAAACUCUCCCACUGGGCCUUUUAGACCCUUUCGUCAUCCAGCACACUGUGAGGCUGCACGGAAACCCCUGGAAAUGUGACUGCCACAUGUGGUACCUGCAUGACUGGGUGCUGAGAAACAGCCAAGACGUAGAGAUGCUGGACAGGAUACUGUGCGAGAGCCCCAGAUUUUUAAAAAAACAGACAGUCGUCUCCAUCGACAGGGACCAGCUGGUGUGUCAGGUGUCUAAAGACGAGGCGCUUGAUCUCAGCGCCUGCAACCUCCAAGCAUCUAAUGGCGCCUUGAUUGUUAAGUGUAAAGUUAGCAAAUGCUCUCUGCUGACAGUCAAAGUACAGUUUCAGGAGGAUAACGGCAGCAUCGAGGAGCAUAUUUUAAAAAAGGAGCCUGAACAUUCUCAAUGUAGCAAUGAGACUGUGAUUGGAAGUCCCAUUGAGUAGCUUUUCCACUCUGAAAGACUUUGUACUCUGUGCAAAUUCACAUUAUAUGUUCUGACUGUCAGAGUCAAUACUGUAAACAAACCUCCCACUCACGAGCUGAUAACCAGGAAACAUAAAUGACGGUGAAUGAUAAGAGGGGUGGAUGACCCUUUUCUUUAUAGGUUCAAAGUUUAGGGCACUAUUUUUUAAGAUCUGUUAACAGUAACUAACAUGUGUUCUGAAAGUUGUUUUAGUUCCAGUAGAUGUCUCUGGUUCUCUUCUGUAUGUGAACAGGCAACAUUUGACUCUCUUCAGACAGACCUACAACUGUAAUUUUAAUAGAUAAUUGGGGAAAUGGGAUGGAUGGAUGGAUGGAUUUUGCCCUCAAUAUAUUGACAAAAUACACAUUUUUAAAAAAGUUGUGCUACAGCAAGCAAUGUGCACUGCAGUGUGAAAAAAGCAUUCCAAAUGUAAUCAGAAUUAAAGUUGUCAUUACUAUGACUGGUCCUACUA